UAGGGUGAAAGAAACUCAGCCCAUUUGUGUCUCGCUGGCGCCCGGGAUCGAACCCGGGAUCACAGGUGGCUAGAUUUGUGAACUUAUUGGUUUGUAAGAUGGUCUAAAGUUUAUUGGCUCAAACUCACCCUUAAAUAUUAUAGUUUUAACACUAGCACAAUGGUCUACAUUGUUGGAUCACAACCGAGAAUCUUGGGUUCCCCCACUGGAUGGGUGACGGUGUGCAGGAUAAACAUAUCAAUUGUGACAUUAGCUCUCCACACAUGUCAGUUGCUUAAUUUAUAGACUGUACGUGUGGUCGGUCUCGAGCCCAUUGUGAAUGUGACGAUGUGCACUGAAUUUUAAUGUUUACAAGAGUUGUUACAUUCUUGUAAAGCCACUAGCAUGCAUAACAUUUUGGGCAGGUCCUUAAUCUUAUUUUUUCCCCGGAAUAUGACCUGCCAAAUCGUUUAGCAACCAGGUACCUAUUCACUGCUGGUGAACAGAGGCUAGAGUUAAGGAUUAAUUUGGUACUAGAUCAUCAAGACUAACUUGCUUAGUUAAAUGAAUGGUGGGGUUCAGUCCCCAAGACUAUUAUGUGCCUCUAACCCUUUCGACUACCGCCCAAAAGAUGGGUAUACCUGGACUAUACCUGGAGAGGGUUUCAGGAGUUGUUCUACUCCUCGAACCCAGCCUAAGGCCAGGCUUGGGGAGUGCAUAAUAAAUGAACUCAACUAAAAACUGCUCCCCUGCUCAGGAUAGCUGUCGAUGAGCACCUUUUCUUUCACCUGCUACCACCAUUCACCUAGAUGGAAACAGACUCGACCAUGGCUGAAGAUAAGAAACACGUAGAGUGCAAGAUUGGGCCCUCAAUCUUAAAUGCUGAUCUAUCCAACUUACAGGAUGCCUGCAUUAAGAUGAUGGAUUGCGGAGCUGACUAUCUUCAUCUGGAUGUGAUGGAUGGCCACUUUGUCCCGAAUCUCACCUUUGGCCAUCCUCUUGUUAAAUGCCUACGCUCAAAGGUUCCUGAAGCCUUUUUUGAUAUGCAUAUGAUGGUUGCAGAACCUGAGAAGUGGGUUGACCCAAUGGCUGAUGCAGGAGCCGACCAGUAUACAUUUCACAUUGAAGCUACAGUAGAUGCUCCUGCUUUGGCUCGCAAAAUCAAAGAAGCAGGAAUGAAGGUUGGCAUAGGAAUCAAGCCAGGCACGUCAGUGGAGUCAGUAGUGCCUUACGCUGACCUGGCAGAUAUGAUUCUUGUAAUGACAGUAGAACCUGGAUUUGGAGGACAGAAAUUCAUGGGAGACAUGAUGACCAAAGUCAGAUUCCUUCGAGAGAAGUUUCCCGACAUGGACAUAGAAGUGGAUGGAGGUGUGGGACCAUCAACUAUUGAUGCCUGUGCUGAGGCUGGUGCCAACAUGAUUGUUUCUGGAAGUGCUGUGGUAAAUGCCGAAGACCCGAAAGCUGUCAUUUUACAGCUGCGGGAAUCUGUUGUGAAAGCCCUGUGAGGAUGUAUUUUCUAUUUAACAGGGUUCCGGUGCAAAGAUUCCAUAUUUGUAAUGAGGUCAUGGACUUCUUUGAUGGUGGUUCUGCCUUGCAUAGAGUACAGUACUGUGUUUAGAUAUCCCCAAUGGGCUACCUGAUUCAUUUUUCAUGUUUCAUUAUUGGGCCUUUGCAUGUUUGGUUAAAAUUUUUAGUGCUUUUGUAUGAUGCUACAGGGAAGGUCCCUAUUGUUACUGGGUAAUUUACCCCCCCCCCCCCUCCCUUCCCAGGGCCACCUUCCCAUGGUAGCAGAUUUUAGAACAUUUUUAAUAUAUUCGUUUCAAGGGGGAAGAGACUUUGAGUGUUAUAAUGUAAAAUGAAAACAAAUAAGCAUUGUUCUACCCAAAUUUCUACACUCACCCUGAUGCUAGGUAAUUCAUGACUAGAACCAUUUUGUUUUGUAUUUAGUAAGAAUUGUUAAAGAUAAUUUAAACGUCAAAUGUAUGCUGUAAAAUAACACAUUUUCAGGUAGCAUGUGCAUUUUCAUCGCUCUAACCCCAGUAAUUUUUAUUGUAAUUUUUAUUUAUAGUAUAUGCACUAUUGGUAUUUCAUUGAUGAAAACAGGAAAGCUCUGGUUGGUAUUAUCGAGGUUCACUUGAUCAAUUAGUGACCUUCUCCAGAGGCACAUACUGUGCCAUGUAUGCAGUGGUCUCCCUUUUCCCUAUACUUAUUACAUUCCGUGUUCAUUACAUAAAAAUGACAUAAAAAGCUGCCGCGAUUUCCCUUUACCUAUACUGUACCUGUGUUCAUUACAUUACAUCAUUACCGUAUACUGUACAUCCCCUGUACUCCAUAAAGCACCUUGUUUUGUAUUGUGAGAUAUGCUGUCGUAAUGACACCUUCCUUGAUUGCUGUCGUGCAGCAAACCAUAUGGAGUUUCUCGAGUAUGGUAGUUCUAAUUUUCUUUUUCAGUAUUACAGUAUUUUCUUUAGGUUAACAUGUUUGUUAUAGUUCCUAAUGGGGUUUUGUGCAGUGCUUUAAGCUACAUUCCAUAGGUUCAAGAUAAAGAAAAUGAAAUGGUUCGUACGUCACUGUUAUUUCCAUGUAGGUCAUGUAAUGUGCACUGCAUUUGCGCUUGUCGGUUUCUAAGAUGGGUGAAUGAAAGUGAAUUCUGCAGAUAUCUGCUGACAUGUAAGAUACAGUAUAAGGAAAUAUAUAUACUGUACUACAUAAUGUAUUUUGCAACCCAGGUUUGCAAAAUACAUUUACAUUCAUUAGAUGAAUGUAACCACUAUUGUUCUUUUAUGUUGAUAAUUUCAAAAUUUUCAUUGAUGAAAAUUUUACAUGCUUAUAAAUGAAUAUUCUCAUAUAAACUCGUAUAUUAAAUGGUUAAGAAAAUGAUAAAUAAAGGACUGUAGAAUUCCUGUUGGGCCAUAUGA